CAAGGCUUUUUUUUUUUUUUCUGGUUCGGGUGGUGGCGCGGCCCUAGGUUCUGGGAGCCAAGGCAACGGAGAUCUUGCCAGGCUCGGGAGAGCGCCCCCUUCUCCCGUGGCUUGGUGGACCCCGCGGCUGAGAUGGCUCCGGUGUCUGGCUCGCGCAGCCCGGAGGGGGAGGCCUCGGGCUUUGGGGGAAAGCGACGUAGUUCGUCCAGGAGCCCUAAACCCAGCAAGUCCGCCCGCUCUCCGCGGGGCCGCCGCUCUCGCUCGCACUCUUGCUCUCGGUCCGGGGACCGGAAUGGCCUCAGCCAUCAGCUGAGUGGCCUCAGCCAAGGCUCCCGAAACCAGUCCUACAGAUCUCGCUCGCGGUCGCGCUCUCGAGAGCGGUCCUCAAUACAGCGGAGUGCCCCAUUUGCUUCUGCCUCGUCUGCCUAUUAUGGCGGCUAUUCGCGCCCCUAUGGGAGCGACAAACCUUGGCCUAGCCUCCUGGACAAGGAGAGGGAAGAGAGCCUGCGGCAGAAGAGAUUAAGUGAGAGAGAGAGGAUUGGAGAAUUGGGAGCUCCUGAAGUAUGGGGACUUUCUCCAAAGAACCCAGAACCAGACUCUGAUGAACAUACACCAGUAGAGGAUGAAGAACCAAAGAAAAGUACUACUUCAGCUUCUACUUCAGAAGAAGAAAAGAAGAAGAAGAAGAAGAAGUCUAGUCGCUCAAAAGAAAGGUCCAAGAAGAGAAGAAAGAAAAAAGCAUCUAAAAGAAAACACAAGAAGUAUUCUGAUGAUAGUGACAGUGACUCUGAUUCUGAAACAGACUCCAGUGAUGAUGAUAACACCAAAAGGAGAGCUAAGAAAGCCAAGAAAAAGGAAAAGAAGAAGAAACGCAGAUCGAAGAAAUAUAAGAAAAAGAAAUCUAAAAAGAGCAGAAAAGACUCCAGUGAUUCAAGCUCUAAAGAGUCCCAAGAAGAGUUUCUAGAGAAUCCCUGGAAGGAUAGAUCAAAACCUGAAGAACCCUCAGAUUUAAUUGGCCCAGAGGCUCCAAAAACACUUGCCUCUCAAGAUGAUAAACCUUUGAACUAUGGCCAUGCUCUGCUACCCGGUGAAGGUGCAGCUAUGGCUGAAUAUGUAAAAGCUGGUAAACGUAUCCCACGAAGAGGUGAAAUUGGAUUGACAAGUGAAGAAAUUGCAUCAUUUGAAUGCUCAGGUUAUGUAAUGAGUGGUAGCAGGCAUCGCCGAAUGGAAGCUGUGCGGCUGCGCAAAGAGAACCAGAUCUACAGCGCGGAUGAAAAGAGAGCCCUGGCAUCCUUUAACCAAGAAGAGAGGCGGAAGAGAGAAAACAAGAUUCUGGCCAGUUUUCGAGAGAUGGUAUACAGAAAAACUAAAGGGAAAGAUGACAAAUAAGGGUUUUCUGGUUGCUCAGCAGACAUUUUUAGUAACAAAAGAAAGUCUGGGUUCCAUAUACACAUUCAAAAAGAUGGCCAUGAUCUGGAAGAGCUUUACAGUGCUACUGUGCCUUCUAUUUAAUUCUUUCGGUCCUUCAAUAAAAAGCUGCUUAUUGAUAUAACUUUAGCAAGUUCUUUGGGUUAAUUUUUGAUUGACCAUAAUAACUUUCUGGUUUAAAAGUCCAAGUUAUAUAGGAAAUCCUACCGUUCUGGAAGAUGCAGCAUUGAGAAAAAGUAUCAGUGAGAUGAAAAAUUUAACCCUCACACCAUGGGGCAGUGCUACUGUUAAUUCUACCUGAUGCCUACCCCACCCCAACCCAACUGAACUUGUGGGAAAUUAUCAUUUCUCUGUUUUAAAAGUGUUAUAAAUGGACUUGAUAGAAACAUACAUGUGUUAACAAAGUGAAGGCAUUGAUUUAAAAAAAAAUUAGCCAUUAGGAAUUUGAAAAUUGACUUGUAUAAUACACUGUAUAGUCUACCCUGGAAAUAAUUUAUUUUGGUUUUAGGCUCCCUACCUCUACCCCCAAACCAAUAAGCCAACCACAACCCAGAGACUUGUUGAAUUGAAAACGUAAACAUUAGUACUUUUAAUUUCCUAAUAGGUUACUUAAAAUGGUUCUUUCAGAGAUAAAAUAUUGGAAAGACUUCUGCUGUGCCAGUGUAAGAUUCUUUCCAUCUAAAGAAGGCCCAUCUGGAUCUUUAUUGGAAUACUGGAAUGAGGGGGAGUAAACGAUGGUCAGGAGUUUAAAAGGGAGAAAUAUAAUGAAUCAUUGUUUUAGUUGUUUCAUAUAAGGAUGAAGCAAAAAUAAUAUUAAACA